UACUCAGUUGCACGCGAAUCCCGCUAGGGCGCUAGAGCCGCUCUUUUUUCAGCAGCGCGUUUUUGUCGCACUUCGAGGGUGUGUGGGGCUGCUUCGGCGUUAUUUCAAGUUAUCAAAGGUUCAAGAGUGUUUCUUCUAUUGGAGAUUCGUCCAGUUCAAUAAUGGGAGAUGUCGCACUGUUUGUCUUCACCCUAUUCGACACGGGAGCGCUACUCUUCCUGACUGUCUACGUUGUGAUUACGCUGUCGGACCUGGAAUGCGACUAUUUGAACGCCCAGCAAUGCUGCUCCAAGCUGAACAUCUGGGUGCUACCGGAGGUGAUCGCUCAGGUGGCCAUGACAGUGGCCUUGUUCCUCGUCAAUUUCCACUGGAUUCUGUUUGGCCUCAACGUUCCCAUGGUUUGCUGGCAGGUUUACAAGUAUCUCUCGGUGCCAGACUGCAACUUUGGCGUGUACGAUCCGACGGAGAUCCACAAUCGCGGCAACCUCAAGCGCCACCUGAGGGACUCUAUGAUAAGGCUCGCCUUUUACCUGCUCUUCUUCUUCAUCUACCUCUACUGCAUGAUCAUCGCGCUUCUAACUACACCAGCACAGCAGAGCGAGACGUAUUGAAGACAGCAAUCUAUGGAUCUUUGAACGAUGGCAGACGUCCGGCCGCGAAAGGCGUAUUUCGACGAGCCGCCACGGACACGUCGGCGCACCAGGUUGUGGCCCUGCGCAGUUUCCGCCGAACCAACCAAAGUUUUCUUUCUUAUCGCGCGGACGUGUUGACAAAGAGGCAGCUAUGGCGUAGCAAUCGACUUUCGAUUUCUGCACGGUCACAGAGUGCGCAUGACUAAGCAGACUUGUGGCGAAGGACGGGUUCCGAUCCGUCUCUACGGCACGGCGAAUGGAGCUUGCAAAGCAGAAAGAAAAAGAAAAAACAAGUUGUCUGCGGUCUUCCCAAUUUUGUAUUUUUUGUACUAUGUAUUUAUAUGUGUGUACAUGAAGGGAAGCUCUGUUUUGUUCGUUUGUUUGGAUCAUCUGUUCGUGCCAGAGUUGGGUCGAAUGAAAUUAAGUGAUGCCAGAAUCGUUACGUAACGUCGCUAACGAGGAAUCCACGGCGUGGUCAGUACAGUCACCCCAAAAUACUGAGUCACCCUGCUUUGUCCCUGCUGGAAAUUCACGCUUAGAACAACAGCAUUAAAACGUAACUGCAGCGCGAGACGUUCAGAUGCUUCGCAUGUUUGGCCAGGUGGGUAGCUGGUCUAUAUCUUCCUUUGUUUUUCUAGGAGUGGCGGGGAAAACGGAAAAUAUUAGACGUUCGAAUUCUUAACAUAUUUUAAUGAGAAAAUGUGUAGGAUGUUUGUCGAGUAUUCAACAAAGCAGUGUACAGGACUUUCCUCCAUCUAACAUGUGCUACUACUUUGAGAGGCAGUAUGGACCCAGACGCUGAAAUUCGCAAUCGCGAACUUCGACGUUAGUGUUAAUGUCAACAGAUUCUUUGUGAAUGAAGGUUUUUUGCUGUCUCGCCUAUUUUGGAAAGACGGGCCAUUUUUGUUUUAACUGUUCCCUUAGGCUUGGAGCCAAUUUUUCUAAAAUGAACAAAUGUUUUGCAUUUCACAAUGCAUAUGUUUUAAAUACCAAUUCCAGAGAUUAUCAAAAUGCAUUUACAACAUUGAAUGUAGCUAUGUUUUUUUUUUUUUUCUUUUCACUGUUUCAGAAUUUAUAUAGGUUGUAAACGAAGCCUGCUUUUUGUAUUGCAUCGAGAAUCUGAGACGACGAAGAACGGAGUGCGACCGGCAUUGCAUAAAUUGGGGAAGGGAUGCAGUCACGUCACUUGAAGCGCCCUAUCAUUUCCAAGGUGUCCCGGGACAUGUACAUUGUAGCAUUAGCGCUUACCGUGAAUCGCCCCUUAAUAUUUAAUUCUUCACGCUCUUUUUCCACCUGUACAAAUGCAACAUUUUAGGCCUAGUGUUUCCCUAUCGCAGUGUGGCACUUUACUACUUACUCACGAUGAGAUUAAAAUAAUUAAUUUCUUUGUGCGAACGCGAGCGAGUGUUGGCAAAUGCGUGUGUGUUUUUUCUGUUGUUGGUUUUCUGCUUGCAGAAAAAGAGGGGAACCAAAGUGUACAGCAUGUUGAGAUCAGCAAGCGUGCGUCUGUGUAACGAAUUUCCAGGGAAUAAAAAAAAAAAAGAGUGCAUGCUUUUACGUCAACGAAGAAACAAAAA